AUGCGUAAAUCAGUGACAGCUGUGGAAGUGGUUGAUGUUGAAAAACGUCGAUUACCAAGCAAACACUACGUUUAUGUAAUCCAAGUUACUUGGGAUGAUGGUAGUUCUAUUACAAUUUACCGAAGAUACAGCAAUUUCUUUGAUUUACAGACGUCACUUCUAGAAACAUUUCCAGAGGAAGGAGGCCAGCUAAACCCUGAUGAGAGAACAAUACCUUUCUUGCCAGGCAAGAAAUAUUUUGGCCGAAGUCACAUACGAGAAGUGGCAGAAAAACGUCUUGGACCUAUUGACAAAUACUGUAAACUUCUCAUCAAACUUGAUAAAAAGAUUUCCCAAUGCCAUGAAGUUCUCACUUUUUUUGAGCCCACGGCAGAUGACCUGUCUCCUAAAAGCCAAGAAAAAAAACCUGGAGAGGCCAAAAUUUCGAAACCUAAAGUCCUUGAACAGUAUGAAGCAAUCUUUGACUAUCAGAAGCAAGCCAAAGAUCAAGUGGAUCUGAAAGUGGGUCAAAGUGUUCAAGUCAUUGAGAAAUAUGAAACUGGCUGGUGGUUGGUAAACACAGAAUAUGAAGAAGGUUAUGCUCCAGGAACCUUUCUUCAAAAGACUGAUGGCCAAGAAGAAGAGCAAAUGUUCACUUGUAAUGGUGAGAAAUACAUUUGUAUUCAGAGCUACACAGCAGAGGUACCAGACGAUCACACUCUUAAUAUUGGGGCUGAGGUAGAAGUACUCCAAAAAAGUUUGGAUGGAUGGUGGUGGGUUCGUUAUAAAGGGAAAAUAGGAUGGGCUCCUGCAACCUGCCUGAAGGUAGCAGAUUCUAUUUCAAGACACUCUGCAAAUAUUCCAGUCGAAAUUGUCAGUAAUCUGUCUGAUGUGAGCAAGUUGCUCAAAGGAAAUGAUACAACUGCAGACUCACCAAUGACAGUUUCUCAGAGACCAAAAUCCGCAGCAGAGACCUAUACAUAUUUCUCCUCUGCUAGUGUCCAAGACAGUGAUAACUAUGAGGAAGUUGAGGAGAGCCAUUAUUCCCAUAUAAAUUCUAUUUAUGGCAAUACAUCUCAUACUGUAGUCCCUCCACCUCGUCAGAAAUCAAUUAGAGACAAAGGAAAAGUGCCAAUGAAUGCAGAAGAGAAUAAAACAAAGUUUAUCACCUGUGCUGAGUACAUAGACAGUGUUGGUGAUGGUAUCAGCUUCUCUGCAGGACAAGAAGUAGAGGUGCAGCAAAAGACAGACAGUGGCUGGUAUUACAUCAAAUUAGGCAAUGAAUUUGGAUGGGCACCUUCAUCUUAUCUUGAAGAAAUUCCAUUGGAUGAAACACAUUCUAGUGUUAGAUUUGAUAAAAUACAAGAGGAAAAAGCAGAGGAGGAUGAUGAUGAUGAUGAUGAUGAUGAUGAGUAUGAAACAAUAAAUUUGUGUCCAGCCAAGCAGAUUGAAAACAUACUGGUCUCAAAAUUAACUCCAGCGCAUUCUCCAUCAAACUCUCAAAUUGAUGGCCUUGAGCGAAAUAGCAGUUCUAGUGAUGAAUUAAAACUGCCACUUUCUUCUUCCCCUACAGGCAGUAGCUCAAGUGCCUGUCCUUCAACCAACUCUAGUCUGUCAAGAACUGCUGUAAAACGACCCAAUUCAAUUCCACCCGCACCCCCAAAACGUCCAGACCAUCCAGGUGGACAGCCGCCCUUACCUUCAGUGCCUCCAGUAUCCUCUGCAACAAAAAUCAACCCUCAACUUCCUCCUCCACCACCACCUCCAUCUUCUGUCCCCAAAAAGCCAGUACCACCAUCUUCCACUGGUCUUUACAAAUCAUCUAAAACAUCAGCCACGUGUCCUCCUCAGCCACCCCCACCACCUCCAGGCAGACCAUAUUCAGGAAUAUCACAUCCACUUGUUACCAAUUCUGUUGCUGACCACAGUAAAGAAACCAGUAACACUAGUGGGAAUCUUGCCACUGAAUUGCAAUCACGGCUGGCAAAAUUAAAAGCAAACUUUGAUUCUGGCUCAAGUGCAAACACUAAAAAGCAACAGCCCCUAACAAAGGAAAAACCUGUUAUUAUUCAUGGUGUCAAUAUAAAAGGUGGUGCAACAUCAGUUGCAGGUAAUAAUUCAAAGGUUACCAAAACAAAAGACAUUAAAAAAUCCCAACCUCAAGUGUUUCUUCCACAUGUUCAAAAGACGACACCAAUCCUUCCAGCCUCUCCCAGUAAUGUCGACAACUCACCGUCUCAGGCUGAGAAGGAUGACAUUCAGCGAAUUCCUGUGCCUAAUGUCAGUGACUCUUCAGUAGUUGUUCCCUCAUCUAAAUUUGCUGAAAAACUAUCUGUCUUUCAGAUGAAUACAAAUGGAGACAAUGCUGCUGCUACUCCUAAGUUUUCCAGCCCAAAUGUACCAUUGGCUUCCAAUUGCCGUGGGCUUGCUCUUCUUCAACGCCAGAAAGAUAAACUCAUGGAAGAAGCUGAAUCUAAUUGCAAGGCCAGCAACGAGAGUCUUGAACAUGAAGCAAAAGUAUCAAAUCUGCGUAAUAACUUUGAGUCAUCAACUUGCAAGUUAUCAACAAGCUCAAGUGUACCUCCUGAUCAGUCAACCAAUGUGAAACCAGCUCCACCCACAAAGCCCAUCCACAAAGUGAAGCCCACAACUGUCCCAGCAAAGGCAAACCCGAAUCUGCCUGUUAAACCCAAAGUGAGUCCUUGUAAACCCAAAUUUGGAGCUGUGACCAACACUGGGAAAAAAGAUUCAACAACAAAUAUAGCAAAUAAAAUCAACAAGUUUGGAGGCAACAACAUGGCCUCACCAGCCAAGAUCUCAGCAGCUGAAAUGGAGCCGCCAAAAUUCCAACUGGUCAAAGAAAAAGUUAUGACUCCAACAAAUCAAACGCAACAAAACACUGCAAAAGAAAUGAGAACGUCAAAUACUGACUUUAAUAUUAAUUCUGUGAUUCAGAGAGCCCCCAAAUCCACUGACCGUUCAUAUAAAGCAAGCAGUAGAUACAUUGCAGAAAGUGAAGGUGAAGUGAGUUUUGAAAAAGGGGUUGAUAUUGAGGUUUUAGAGAAGCAUGAAUCUGGCUGGUGGCUUGUUCAUAUUGGUGAUGAAGAAGGUUGGGCCCCAUCCAAUCAUAUUGCUGAACUGAAACCUCUCCCACCGACCAAACCUCUCCCACCAAACAAGCCUCUGCCAAAACUACCUUCAAGCCCAUCCACUAAAAGCACUGGCCAGACAGCAAAACCUGUGAUCUCUAUCAACACCACAUCUCCAAAUCUUUCUUUCAAUUGUAGAGAUCACCGGCGGCCAUUUCCUUUUGUCUUGUUUUUCUUCUUGCACCAAAAAUAUUUGUAG